AUGAAUUGUCCUCAACAAACUGUAGGUGGAGCUUUACGUGGAAUUGCAUCAUCUGUUCUUUUUCAAUUAUUACAAAGGUCAAUAACAUUUAUUUCUAAUGUAAUAGUUAUUAGAUCUGUUGGUGAAGAAGUAACAGGAUUUUUUCAUGUUCAUCUUCAAUUAUUAAUGAAUAUAGUUUAUUUUCUUUCAAGAGAAUUUUCCAGAAGAACAAUUAUGAGAAAAUAUACAGAUAAUUUAUCAAAAGGAAUAUCCUUUAGUUUAAUUACUAUUAUUGUUGGAUUAAUUAUCAAUAUAAUUGCACUUCCUAUUCUUUAUUAUCAAGCACCUGAAAUGAAAUAUGCAUUACUUUCUUAUUGCAUACAUUCAAUAGGAUUAUUUUUAGAACUUAUUCAAGAACCAUAUCUAGUUUAUAUGCUUUUAACACAAAAACAUAUAUUUAGAAUUUAUUGUGAAUUACCAAGUAUUUUUAUUAGAAUGAUAUUACAAGCAAUAUUAAUUUCAUUAUAUCCAAAAUAUGCAUUAAUUAUUCAACCAACAUUAUUUGCAUUAUCUUCAUUAACAAUUUUUAUUUCUUAUCAUCAUUCAAUUAAACUCCCUCAAAUUGAUAUUCAAAUGAUUUCAUUUAAAUCAUUAAAAUCACAUUCAGAUAAUUUAUGGCUUUUUGGAAGACAAACUAUUCAAAAGUUUUUACUUCAAGAAGGUGAAAAAGCAGUUCUUAUUGUAACAACAACAUUAACAAUUCAAGGAAUAUUUAGUGUUAUUUCAAAUAUUUCAUCAUUAGUUGUUAGAUUCUUAUUUUUACCAAUAGAAGAUGUUAGUUAUUCUUUAUUUUCUAAAAUUCGUCAAAAUAAAGAUGAAUUACUUAAUGCAUUUUGUUCAUUUUUAAAAAUAAUUCUUCAUUUAUCAUUACUUAUUCUUGUUUUUGGUCCUCCUUAUUCAAAAGCUCUUCUUGACUUUUUAUAUAAAAAUGAAGAAUUUACAAAUAAUUCUUAUUUACUUAUUAUUGCAUUUAUUACUAUAAGUACUAUAGCUAUUAAUGGAAUAUCAGAAUCAUUUUUCCAUGCAACAGCAACAGAUGAACAAUUAAAUACAUCAAAUAAUUUGAUGUUUCUUUUUUCUAUUAUCUAUGUUUCUUUAUGUAUUGUAUUAUCUAAAUUAUUUGGUCCUUCAGGUUUAUUUAUUUCUAAUAUAAUUUCUAUGAUAUUACGUGCAUUUUAUUCUCAUUAUAAUAUUUAUCAAUUAUAUGGUUAUUUACCUUGGAAAAAAUGUACUCCAACUAAACUUACUUUAGUAUCUUUAUUUGUAGUUUUUGGAAUUAAUACUUAUAUUUCAUAUAUCUUUUCAACCCAAUCAUUUAUUUGUUUGAUUCUAGGUGUAUGUUUAGGAUUUAUUGAAUUACUAGUUAUUUGGCUUUGUGACAAACCAUUCAUAACAUCACUUAAAAUGUUUUGGAAUGAAAGAAAAUCAUCUUCUCCUUAUGAUAAUUGA